CCUCUUCAUCACAUCAAAAGCCCACAACCCAUUUUAGCCAAAAAUGAAGAGGGAGGGACGCCAACAUGGGAUGGUUAGGACCUUUCGGGUCUUACCCGACCCAUUGAAUCCGAGACCCUACUCCAGAUUAGUGAACAAGCUGGAUUGUCCUCCAACAGCCGGGUCAUUCACAAAGGUCCGACCCAAGCCCACCAACCACUCCAAGUUCACAGGCAAGUGUGGUAAGCCAAGGUGCACUGAAUGUCAUCUGCACCCAGCUACCAAGUCCAAGGAGAAGACCAAAGGCACCCAGAAGGUUAAGUCCAGUGAUGUGGUCUCCAAUUAUCGGUUGAAGUCUUGGCGGGCGGUAAACGGGCGACCCGGCUUCAAUAUUUCUGGGUCUUCUGCCACUAGGAUCCUGGAUCAUUUGGAUAGUAGUGAUCAUUACAUGGAUGAUGAAGGUCAUGAGGAUGGUUUCAUGGCAGAAGAGGAAGAGAUUGAUGAAUCAGCAAGGAUUGAUUAUGAUGAUGAUUUGGGUUUUGGUGAUGUGGGAGUUGUAUUGGAGCAAGUUGAGGGAGAUGAUGAUGGAGGUUGGUGUGUUGUGGGAGAAAUGUGAUUGUUUAUUGUAUGUCAACUCAAUAAUUCCUUCCUUUCUUUGUUUGUUAUCUUUUCCAAAAUAAAUAAAAAUUAUUGGUAUUAAAUAA